AUGGCGAAGAACGACUACAUCAUCAAACUCCCCACCCUCAGGGAACCUACUUCAAAAACACCCGAAAAUGCACGGAAAAUCAUCAAGACUUGGACACAGGCGUUUGAGAAAGUGCUCGCCAACAACGUGAAAGACGGUCUAUCGACUGUCUUCCGCGAAGAUGCUUGGAUCAGAGACUUUCUCGGUCUCUCAUGGGAAUUCAGGACCAUCAACGGCCUCGACGAGAUCGCGACAUUUUUCAAGGAAAAUCAGCCUCGGGCAGGUAUCCGCCAAAUCGUCCCCCGGGAGAAGGGCGCAUUCCAGCCGUCUUUCGGGGACCCUGCGCCUGGUGUUCACUGGGUGGAGAGCAUGUUUGACUUUCAGUCCAGCGUUGGCCGUGGCAAGGGUAUGGUGAGACUGGCGUUGGAGGCGGACGAUACCUGGAAAGCCUUCAUGAUCAACUUCACCCUCCUAGAACUGAAGGGGUUCGAGGAAGCGGUGGGAGUCAGCAGGCCUACGGGUCACGUGGAUCCCAAGGGGGGAAACUGGAAGGAGAGGCGCGAACGACAGGUGGAAUUUGUCGAUGAAGACCCUACUGUGUUGGUCAUUGGCGCCGGGCAUGCUGGGCUCAAUAUCGGCGUUCGUCUACGGAAUCUUGGCCUCCCGACUCUGCUGGUGGAUCGAAAUGAGCACGUCGGGGACAGCUGGCGCAAGCGAUACAGGACUUUGAUGACCCAUGAUCCGAUUCAGUACUGUCAUCUCCCCUUUAUCCCAUUCCCCGGAAACUGGCCCCAGUUCAUGCCCAAGGACAAGCUUGCAGAUUGGCUAGAGUCUUACGCAAAAAUGAUGGAGCUCAACAUCUGGACCAGCACCAACAUUGAGGAGACAAGCUACAACGAGCAGGAAAAGACAUGGACCGUCAAGCUUCGACGGGCAGAUGGCACCCUCCGCACCCUCAAGCCUCGUCACAUCGUUCUGGCGACCGGCCAAGCCGGUGAUCCCAUCACGCCCACAUUCCCCGGACAAGGCGACUUCAAGGGUAUAGUAUACCACGGCAGCCAGCACCAAGACGCCUCCCUCGUCAACAAUCUCUCCAGCAAGAAGGUCCUCGUCGUGGGCUCCGCGAAUAAGGGAAUCUUUGUGAUGCACAAGGGAAUGUACGAGGAGGGCGGGCCCCCAACCGAAGACUGUGACAUCGUCGCGCAGAGCAUCCCGAUCCCCGUGCAAUUCGCGCUGAGCACGCACGGUACCAAGGCCAUCACCGCCGCCGACCAGGAGCUGCUAGACGGUCUGAACAAGGCGGGCUUCAAACUUGACUUUGGACCUGAUGGAAGCGGUAUCUACCGCAAAUACAUCACUCGCGGCGGAGGAUAUUACAUUGACGUCGGUUGCAGUCAGCUGAUAGUCGACGGGAAGGUCAAGGUUCAUCAUAGCCCUGAGGGCAUCACCGGCUUCACGCCAAACGGUCUGAAGUUGGCGGACGGUACGACUUUGGAUGCUGACAUUGUUGUGCUGGCGACGGGAUAUGAUGGCAUGAGGUCUAGCACGCGUAAUAUUUUAGGCGACAAGGUGGCGGAUCGAGUCAAGGAGUGUUGGGAUCUUGAUGAGCAAGGCGAGAUCAACUCUAUCUGGAGAAGCAGCGGCCAUCCGCGGUUCUACUACAUGGGUGGGAAUCUCGCCCUGUGUCGCUCUUAUUCGCGGCUCUUAGCCCUACAAAUUAAGGCCGUGGAAGAAGGUAUCCUGAUUUAG